AUGCUUUUCGUCUCAUUAUUAGUACUCCUCAUAUAUUCACUCAAUACGGGAGUCGAUAGCAGAGCGUCGGGCUGUGGAAAACAACAGAUCAUUAGGACAUCCAAAGUGGUCGGCGGUAACGAUAGCUAUGAUGGAGAGUUUCCAUGGGCUGUCUCUAUCAGACGCAAUGGCAAUCAUCACUGUGGAGGUGUGAUAAUAGGUCAGCGAUGGAUACUGACGGCCGCGCAUUGUGUGCAAAGUCAGCUAAACUCCAAUUUUGUGGUGAGAAUCGGUGAAUACGAUUUGUUCCGUAACGAUCACAACACACGUGAUUAUACGGUAGAGAGGAUUGUAAUCCACGACAACUACAGCCGACACUCGGGCUUCAAAAGUCCGGCCAAUAUUAAUAACGCGGACAUAGCGUUGUUGAAGACGGACGCGGAUAUCCAUUGGAGUGAAUACGCGUGGCCCGUAUGCUUCCCACCCAAUGAGGUCACGUCACUGGCCGGGAGGGAGGGAGUAGUGGUCGGGUGGGGCAAGAAGACCGAAAAGAGUGAAGUGUAUAGUGAAAAGUUGCAAAAAGUGAAACUCUCUAUCGUCGACAACAAACUGUGCCAACAGUGGUUCCGAAUGGCCGGAAGAGAUAUGCAAAUACAUGAUAGGCUGAUAUGCGCCGGUCAGAGGAUUGGUGGCAGAGACGCCUGUCAUGGAGACUCUGGAGGACCACUACUUCUCAAAUAUUCUUCUGGUGGACCGGAAUAUUAUUUUGUGGCCGGAAUCGUAUCGACAGGAAUAGCCUUGAGGGAUAUCCGCAAAACUAAGAGAUUCUUCCCUUAA